GGGGUAAGGAACAUUAUAAGGAUGGCUUGGGGGUUUCUGGAAGAAUUGGAUCAGGGGAUGAGGUAGGUUAUGGGGAUGGUCUGGGGCAUUCUGGGAGAAUGGGAACAGAGGAUGAGGCAGGUCAUGGGGAUGGCUUAGGGGAUUCUGGGAGAACUGGGCCAAAGGGUGAGAAAGGUUAUGGGGACGGCUUGGAAGGUUCUGGUAGAAUUGGAUCAAGGGGUGAGGGACGUUUUAAGGAUGGUUUGGGGGGUUCUGGCAGAAUGGGGAUGGGGGAUGAGGCAGGUUAUGCGGAUGGCUUGGGAGGUUCUGAGAAAAUGGGGCCAGGAGGUACAGGUUAUAGGGAUGGCUUGGGAGGUCCUAGAAGAGUUGGGUCAGGGGGUGAGGCAGGUUAUAAGGCUGGUUUGUGGGGUUCUGGGAGAAUGGGGAUGGGGGGUGAGGCAGGUUAUGGAGAUGGCUUGGUAGAGUCUGGGAGAAUUGGAUCAGGGGGUGAUGCAGGUUAUAAGGAUGGUUUGGGGGCUUCUGAGAGAAUGGGGGUAGGGGGUAAAGCAGGUUAUGGGGCUGGCUUGGGGGAAUCUGAGAGAAUUGGGCCAAGGGGUGACAAAGGUUAUAAAGAUGGUUUGGGGGUUUCUGGGAGACUUGGGUCAGGGGGAGAGGCAGGUUAUAAGGAUGGUUUGGGGAGUUCUGGGAGACUCAGGUCAGGACAUGAAGCAGGCCCUAGGGAUGGUUUGGGGGGUGCUAGGGGACUGGGGUCAGGAAGUGAGGCAGAUUAUAGGGGAGGCUCAGGAAGAUCUGGAGAAAUGGGGUCAGAAGGUGAGGUGGGCCACAGAGAUGCUUCAGGGAAGUUCAGAGUAACAGGCACACAGGCUGGAGUAGGAUAUGAAGGUGGACCCAGGAGCCAAGAAACCAUAGAGCAUGCUCCAGGCCAAGAAGGGGCUGGUCGGUGUCAAGACCCACAGUUCCUGGAUAGCAAAGUUUCAGGUCUUGGAAGGGGCAGGUCUACUGGCUCAGGGGACUCAGGCAUCCUGGAUAAGGGGAAUUUCACUGAUAGGGAGAGGAGUCUCACCCAAAAACCUGGGGAUUUAGGGCGUCGGGGAGCUUGGAAUCGUCUAGAUGGUCCCUUGGCCGGAAAAGACUCUAUGGACAGAUCAGAGGGUAUCCAGGGCCUGGGCUUUCAGCUAGACAAAGGGCAAAGAGGAGAAAGAGGAUCCCUGGGGUAUCAGGGGUCCCUGGGGGCUGAGAAUGACAGAGCCCAAGGUCCAGGGGCCCUAAAGGAGUAUGAGAGAUGGGGAGCAGAAGAGUCUGGAGGGUCAGACAGAAGGCCUGGCCAGUUCAGCAGGUCUCAAAGACGGUUGGGGGUGGAGGCUGGAACAGCAAAGGGAAGGGGAGCAGACAAGGCCAGAGCCUCGGGGCAGCCCCUGGGAGGAGAGGACCGAGAGAGCCGAAGGGUGACUCUGCACGAAGACCAGAGUUGGGAGCCCCUGAGUCAUCUUGGCAGCAGGAGAGGUGGCCCGGAGGGCAGGUCAGACAUCUAUGGUCAGGGGAGGGAUGCCACCCAGAGUCCCAGAUCCAGACACAAGCCUGGCACUGGCGGUUUCUCCAAGGAGGCCCAAGGCCCCAGGGGCUACUUCUCCCAGGGCCUGGCUGACACGGAAGUGCAGCAGGGAGAGGCUGCUGUGCUCUCCUGUACCCUCACCCGCGACCUGGGCCCCGGUGCCUGGUUUAAAGAUGGAGUCAAGCUCAGCGCCCAGGAUGGAGUCGUCUUUGAGCAAGAUGGUCUCGUGCACAAGCUCCUCAUUGCCCACGUGCAGGGGACCCAGGCUGGGAGGUACACCUUUGUAGCCGGCAACCAGCGGAGCGAGGCCACCCUGAGUGUCCACGAUCGCCCCGUCAUCGCUGCUGAUGUGACAGAGAAACUGAGAGAGCCACUGGUGGUCAAGGCUGGGAAGCCGGUGACGGUGAAGAUCCCCUUCCAGAGCCGCCUCCCAGUUCAGGCUUCCUGGAAGAAGGACGGGACCGAAGUGGCGGACAGCGGCCGCCGCCAGGGAGCGCAGGUGGCCCUGGGGGAAGGCUUCACCCGGCUGUGCCUCCCCAGCGCCAGCAGGAAGGACGGUGGCCGGUACCGCGUGACACUGAAGAGCGAGGGCGGCUCUGUGCAGGCUGAGCUCACCCUGCAAGUUAUAGACAAGCCCCAGGCCCCACAAGGUCCCCUGGAGGUAGAGGAUCGCCGGGUGGCUGGUGUCUGCCUCCACUGGCGGCCCCCAAAGGACGACGGGGGCCGGGCCGUGGAGCACUACGUGGUGGAGAGGCGGCAAGCCGGCCGGACCGCUUGGCUGAAGGUGGGCGAGCCCCCUGCCGGCAGCACCACCUUCACCGAUGCCCACGUGGAGCAGGGCAGGAAAUACACCUUCCGGGUGCGAGCUGUGACCUCUGAGGGGGCGGGGGAAGCCUUGGAGUCCACGGAGGUGUUGGUGGCUCCUGAGGCUCUCCCCGGGCCCCCUUCAAGCCCAGCCAUCCAGUCGGCCUCCAGCCAGGGCAUCACGCUGACGUGGACGGCACCUCGGGGCCCUGGCAGUGCCCACAUCCUGGGCUACUUGAUUGAGAAACGCAAGAAGGGGAGCAGCGCCUGGACACCAGUGAAUGCCCAGCCUGUGCCUGAGAGGAGGUGGACCGUGGCAGACGUGCGACAGGGCUGUCAGUAUGAGUUUCGGGUCACAGCUGUGUCUCCCUCUGGCCCCGGAGAGCCUGGGCCUCCAUCGGAUGCCGUCUUUGCUCGGGACCCCAUGAGACCACCCGGGCCCGUGCGGGACCUCCAAGUCACAGACACGUCGCACACUAGCAUCACCUUGAGUUGGGCCCAGCCAGACACGCAGGAUGGGGAUACAGCCCAGGGCUACGUGGUGGAGCUGCGUGGCUCAGACAGUCUGCAGUGGAGCCCCUGCCACGAGGGCACCGUGCCAGUCACCACCUUCACUGCCAAAGGGCUUCGGCCCCAAGAGAGCUACUUCGUGAGGGUGACAGCUGUCAACGACGGAGGCCGUGGCCAGCCCACCUCCCUGGACACGUUAGUGCAAGUUGUGCCCGUUGCUGUCCGUCCCAAGUUCCUGAUGGACUCCAGCAGACGGGACUCGCUGGUGGUCCGAGCUGGGGAGACCAUUCGUGUGCCUGUCUCCUUUGAAGCUGUCCCCAUGCCUGAAGUGACCUGGCUGAAGGACGGCUUGCCCUUGCUUAAAAGUAAUGUGACCUCCACCAAGGAGGGUCUCACCCAGCUUCUGAUUCCUGUGGCCAGCCUCUCAGACAGUGGCGUCUACACUGUGCUGCUGAGGAGCCCGCAGGGCACAGAGGCUCUCUACCGCUUCUCCCUCAGGGUGGCAGCGUGUCCGAAGGCACCUGGGCCCAUCAGCCUGAAGGAGAACGUGCCCGGGACAGUGACGGCCGAGUGGGAGCCCUCUCCAGACGAGGCUGGGGGUGUCCCCCUGUACUACGAGGUGCUGACACGCUCCUCGGUGCACGGGCCCUGGCGCCAGGCGGCCGACCGUGUGCACACCAACCACUACACCCUCCUGGGCGUGCUCCCCGGCCGCGAGUACCACUUCCGGGUGGUGGCCAAGAACGAGCUGGGGGCCAGCCUGCCCUCGGACACCAGCCAGCCCUGGCGUAUCCCCCGGCAGCGAGACAGGUUCACGGUGAAGUCUCCAAGCUACCGGGAGCCUAACCUGAGCCAGAAGCCCCGGUUCCUGGUGGGGCUGCGGACCCACCUGCUGCCGCAGGGCUGCGAGUGCUGCAUGAGCUGUGCUGUGCAGGGCUGGCCGCGGCCCCACGUCACCUGGUUCAAGGACGAACAGAGCCUGGCCGGAAACCCUGCCGUGUACAGCACCGACGUGCUGGGCGUGUGCUCCCUCGUCAUCCCCAGCGUCUCCCCCAAGGACAGCGGCCAGUACAAGGCAGUGGCGGAGAACGCGCUGGGUCAGGCCGUCAGCACUGCCACCCUCAUUGUCACAGGUGAAGAAUCCAGCUCCUAACACCACCUCACCCUGGAGUCCUGUCUGGCUCGAUGGUCGUGGAUGACGACAGAUCCCUGAAACUUCGCUCUGGACACCCACACUGGCCCAGACAGACAGUCCUAAAGGACGGAGGACACCGGUCGUGCCUGGAGCCCCAGGGAGACAGGAGCGAGGAGCAGGAGGGCAUGGAGUCCUUGGGGGAAGAAAAAGAAGAAGAGGGGCGACCUUCAGCCUCUCCACCCCAAAGCCAACUCCCUGAACGUGACCAUGAACCUCCUCCACUCUCUCCAUGGGGGCUUCUUUCUUCUCUACUUCUUGCGAGAGAUCCGGAGUGAACCCGUCGGCCAGAACAAGGCCCAGCCCUUGUUUUCUGGAAGCGGGUUCUUGGAAGAGCUGGGCCUGCUGUGAGCACAGGAGGGAGGAAUGAGGAGGUCAGAGGAGCUGCAUGAGGGCCGGGGGACCCAGGGGGUGUCUGGAGGGUGCGCUUUCUGUACUUUUCAUCAUUAAAACAUUAGG